AUGAUGAUGAUGAUGAUGAUGAUGAUGAUGAUGAUGAUGAUGAUGAUGAUGAUGAUGAUGAUGAUGAUGAUGAUGAUGAUGAUGAUGAUGAUGAUGAUGAUGAUGAUGAUGAUGAUGAUGAUGAUGAUGAUGAUGAUGAUGAUGAUGAUGAUGAUGAUGAUGAUGAUGAUGAUGAUGAUGAUGAUGAUGAUGAUGAUGAUGAUGAUGAUGAUGAUGAUGAUGAUGAUGAUGAUGAUGAUGAUGAUGAUGAUGAUGAUGAUGAUGAUGAUGAUGAUGAUGAUGAUGAUGAUGAUGAUGAUGAUGAUGAUGAUGAUGAUGAUGAUGAUGAUGAUGAUGAUGAUGAUGAUGAUGAUGAUGAUGAUGAUGAUGAUGAUGAUGAUGAUGAUGAUGAUGAUGAUGAUGAUGAUGAUGAUGAUGAUGAUGAUGAUGAUGAUGAUGAUGAUGAUGAUGAUGAUGAUGAUGAUGAUGAUGAUGAUGAUGAUGAUGAUGAUGAUGAUGAUGAUGAUGAUGAUGAUGAUGAUGAUGAUGAUGAUGAUGAUGAUGAUGAUGAUGAUGAUGAUGAUGAUGAUGAUGAUGAUGAUGAUGAUGAUGAUGAUGAUGAUGAUGAUGAUGAUGAUGAUGAUGAUGAUGAUGAUGAUGAUGAUGAUGAUGAUGAUGAUGAUGAUGAUGAUGAUGAUGAUGAUGAUGAUGAUGAUGAUGAUGAUGAUGAUGAUGAUGAUGAUGAUGAUGAUGAUGAUGAUGAUGAUGAUGAUGAUGAUGAUGAUGAUGAUGAUGAUGAUGAUGAUGAUGAUGAUGAUGAUGAUGAUGAUGAUGAUGAUGAUGAUGAUGAUGAUGAUGAUGAUGAUGAUGAUGAUGAUGAUGAUGAUGAUGAUGAUGAUGAUGAUGAUGAUGAUGAUGAUGAUGAUGAUGAUGAUGAUGAUGAUGAUGAUGAUGAUGAUGAUGAUGAUGAUGAUGAUGAUGAUGAUGAUGAUGAUGAUGAUGAUGAUGAUGAUGAUGAUGAUGAUGAUGAUGAUGAUGAUGAUGAUGAUGAUGAUGAUGAUGAUGAUGAUGAUGAUGAUGAUGAUGAUGAUGAUGAUGAUGAUGAUGAUGAUGAUGAUGAUGAUGAUGAUGAUGAUGAUGAUCGUGUUUAAUGAUUGUAAAAUUAAAUUGAAUUAA